CGUCAAGCACACAAUUUAAUUUGUUCUAAUCUACAGUUGACGAAUUUUCUUCUCGAAUCUGUAGGAUUUACUCAUUUUCAACGCAGUUAGUGGGGACCUUAUCUUCCUAUAAAUUAUGUUAAGAAAAAAAAUAUUCUUGGCUUGAGAAAGGAAAUCAGCGAGGUUUUUUUUACAAAAAUGGAGUGUCAGAAAGGAGCAUUUGUAUUUUUAAUAGUGUACAGCAGCAUUUUAUCUGCAAUUUUAGUUGUUCUCCUUUUAUUUUUCUGCUGCAGGCAAAGGUUCUCUUCUAAGAAGGCCACGCCAGUUGAAGAAGAGAAUGAUGCUAAAAAAAACAGAGUUUCUAUAAGGCCUAAGCUUAAGAAAAAAGUUGAUGAAUCUCAUUUUACUGUUGAAUACACAAAUGAUGGUUAUGAAGAGGCUGCUGUAGAUGUAGGUUCUGCACCAACUUUAAAUAAAAGUGGAGUAGUGCAUGAUGAAGAUGGCAUUGAAUACAGAUCAGCAAAUGAAGCAUCAGAAUCUGGUGAUACUAUCUUUGAGGAUGUUAUUAGCUUGAAAUCCCGACAGUCCCAUCCUUCAGUGUCAAAUACCGUUGAGCAAUAUGGAGAUGCAAUGUCGUCUUCUUCUUCAUCAUCUUCUUCGUCUUCUUCUCCUUCUCCUAAUCUUGUUCAGAAGAAAACUGAGUUUUCCCAGCAAGAAAUUUCCAGGAACUUGAAUGAGUUCAGAGCAUCUGUAGAAGGAAAGAAGAGAAAAAGUUCCAGUUCCAGUUCUAGUUCAAAAACCAGCUCAAGCUCAAGAUCUACGGUAACAAGUAUGGGUCAAGAGCUUGAACUGAUCCAGGUAACACUGGGACCUGAAGUAGUUCCAAACUAUGCAAAACAGCAGAUGAUUAAGAACAGACUGACAAACUAUACUUCACAAUUUGUUCCUGCUGUUCUUACAGAAUCAAGAAGUGUACACACCACCAAUGAUUAUGGAGUAGGAUCAACACAAGUGCUGUCCUCUGUUGGGACAAAUGAACCGGUUCUGAAAGUAGAACAGUACAACUAUACAUCCUAUGAUAAACCUGUUUAUAAAGUUGAACAAUAUAAGAUCCAAACAGAGGGAACAAAAACCUUCAUUCCUUCCUACACCAUUGCAUCUAACAGAGGAAUUGAGUCAAGAAGAAAGAGUACUUCUAGUUCAAGUUCUGAUACUACAAUUUUUGAGGGCGAAGAUAAUGGAUAUAUUGAUAAUAACAUGCAAGUAGAAGAUGAAAUAAUAGUUGUUGAAUACAAUUCCUCCAGAGCCUCUUCUGUUUCCUCUAUUGACCGGCAGCAACUAAUACAAAAGGAAUCAGCUCGAGAAUAUUCUCUGCCAAGAAGUUAUAAAAUCUCCAAUCUAACCAGCACUGAUCAUGAAGAUGUUUAUAAAUCCAGGAAAGUAUCUUCAUCAUCCUCAUCAUCCUCAUCCUCAAGCUCUUCCUCUGCUAAAUAUGCUGAACAGAAGAAUAAAAAUGUAAAUGAGAAUGUUUAUGAACCGGUUCAAAUGGCAAGAAAAGUGUCAAUAAUUUCCUCUUCAGCAUCUACAGACGGAGAGGAAAUUAAAUAUGGAAUGGCUACCAGAGUAUCCGUAUCCUCGCAAUCCACCGUGGAAGGUUUUCAGGCUGAUGAUGUCAGAGAUGGAAGGAGGACAGCAUUGGGUCAAACAGAAAAAGUGCAGUUUGCAAGACGAAGGUCGUCUUCUUCUUCUUCAGCCUCGUCUUCCUCUUCUAGUUCUACUUCUCCUUCUAAAACUAUUGCAGAAGCAAAUAUUUCCAUGCAUCAUGAUCAGAUGAAUCACACAGGCUCUCUGUCUGAGAAGAUAUUUGCAGAAAUUGGAACUAUAAACAGCUCAAAAUACUUGAUUAACAAUCAACCAAACAUCAGCAACGAAAAGAGAAUUGUUAGAACAUCGUCUUCCAGUAACCUCUCCUCUGAAGAUGAAGAAACUAAACAGUUUAGAGAGACCAUUCUUAAUUUCGACAGAGAAAAAAGCUUAGGCAAUUACAGGGGAUAUGACAACUCUCCUGGAUAUGCCAGGCCAUGCACAAGAGUUGAAGAGAUAUCAGAAACCUCCAGCUCAUCAUCUUCAUCAUCACAGGAGGAUUCAGGAACAGUUAGAAGACACGGUGUAGCAGGAGAACAGCUAUCCAAUGGUAAUGCUAACGGUAGUCCCCAACCUUCAUCAGUAUUCAGAAAACUGAACCCUGAUUAUGAAUCAGUUUAUGAAAGGGUUGAGAUGGAGAAGAAACUUAAUAGAAAAAAUGUUUACAGUGAAGCUUAGUUUUCAAUACUCAUUUUUUUAUUUCUGCAUAUCUUCGCAACCUGAUGGUUCAAACAUUUGAUAUUUCGUUUUAGACUGUUUGAUGUCACAAAAGUCAAAGUUUGAAAUAUUAAAAUCCACAACAUCAGGUUGCAAAAAUAUGCGAUUUAUAAAAUCAAAGUUUGUG